ACCCCUAAUCCCCUCCGAUUCACUGUUAAAUACGGCCAGGCCUAAUACUUCAAGUUUCAAAUUUGAAAAAGCGAAAAAAAGCCGUUGGAGGAGAGAGAGAUCAUGGAAAGCGAAGGCAAGCUUGGUCCUGCUAUAUUUUUAUCAUGGGCGGAUGAAGUAGAGAAAGAAGAUGAAGAAGCAGCUCGGGCUCAAGUGCAGCGAAAGGAGAAACCCAAUCCCUUUGGGUCUGCUAGACCAAGAGAAGUUGUUCUCCAGGAGAAAGGAAUUGAUUGGAGAAAACUCGAUCUUCGUCUUGAACAACAAGCACCACUUGCAAGGCGAGAGCCCCUCAGUGAGAAAGGCAAGGGAAACAUUGCUGCCUCAUCACCGUCGGCUAUCAACAGGAAACAUACAGAGCCCCGGAGACAAGGGCUGUACGAUGAGAAUUUGGGGUUCAAUUCGGCUGCCACAGACCAGGUGGUAGUUGUGCCUCCACUGAAAUAUCCACCAAGAAAUAUCGUUGCCAGUUUGUCCUACUCCGGAAUUUCUUAUAUUAAUCCUUAUCUGGAAAGUGGGAAGCAUGGCUUUCAGUGUAGGAGUAGCUUGAAGCCUGAGAAAAAGAACAUAACUGGUAGGAGUGGAAUGCGAAUGAUUCACUGUCAUGAGCGAAGGUUGCACAUCGAGCACGGGAGCCAGUUCAAGAAGAAUGGUAUCCAAUCUGAGUCUGCACAAUCAUUAGGGAAAAACAGGAACUUGUCAAAACCAUUGGCCUGUAGCAACAGGCAGCAUUCAGAUUCUUAUAAUCGAGGAGGAGAAUUCGAGGGGAAUGGGCAUGAUACGAUGGCUUCGCUGCUGGGGAGACCUCCAAUUCGGGAAAGAAAGCCCUUGUCACCCAGUGAGAGAGCCUGGAAGAGUGUUAAAGAUGACCCAGCAGUGAGGGAAGUGAAUAAGCUACACACAAAGCAAUCACGUACGAGAUGCGGAAACAUCGAACGAAAGAGAUGGAGCCAGCGAACCUCAUACAAGGAUACAACCGUUUCUCAAGAAGAUUGCCGAAGUGGGAUGGAUAGACAUGUUGCUUAAGGGAAGCAACAAAUGCUCACCAGCUAAGGAGAGGAAGUGUUAGCUCGAGCAGUCACUCGUGGCUGACAUAGAGACUAGAAGCUAUGAAUUAGACGCAGUUUUACUUGAUAGAAACUUGUAUCACUAACAAUUCUAGAUCCAUAAAUGCUUCGCCAUGUACUUUUCAAUUUCCCCUAUGAAUUGCUUCUCCAGACUCUGGAAGCUAUGAGU